AUGGACAUAGAGUAAUAUUAUAUAUAUAUAUCGACUCAUAUAAGAACUUACGAAUUAUAAUUAUUUUUAAAUAUUAUAUAUUUUUUAGAAGCGCUAGCUCAGAUUACCAUGAUAAGAAAAAGAAAAAAGGUGGAAAGAAUACAUAAAUACGUAUUCAUUAACCAAUGACUGUAUAUUUGCUAAUUAACUGCCUAGUUUUGUGUUGAAAGACCCAGGAGAGGUAAACCCAAUGCGGGUUUCAAAGAGGAGUCAUCAGAAGAGGAGGUAGAACAAUAAUAAGGUACACAUUUAAUUUUAUUAAAAGAAUCAUCUCAAGAAUAGGAAGAGUCAGUAUUUGAUCCCGAUAUCGAAUAAAUCUUGUGGAGGAGAGAGCAGGAGGAUGGGGAAGUCCAAUUUUAUGUAAAAUAUAAGACUUAUUCUUAUUUAUGGUGUGAAUGGAAAAGUGAAUUAUAAGUAUUUAAUUCUAAUUAUUAAUAGAUUAUUUCAAAGGAUAAAAAUGGAAAAUAAAAAAUAAAUCGGUUCAACAGAUAAUUUGAGAAGAAGAUCAAAGAGUACGAUCCUGAUGAAUUGCUUGAAAUGAACUAUUUUGAUCCUUCCUUUUUAGAAAUUGAUCGAUUGAUUUCUUCAACUGAACUCUUCCCCAUAAUCCAUCCCAAAAAGGCCAAUGAAAUCAAAGGCAAGUGGAAUGAGUACCUCUCAAUAAUCAUAUCCAAACUUCUUAAUUAUUCUGAAGGGCGGGUAAAAUUUGGAAUAUUUUUCAUGUAACCUGUAAAUCCUGAUACUGAUGGCUGUCCCGAUUAUCGUAAAAUCAUCACCUAACCUAUGGAUUUGGGAACUAUAUACAACAGAUUGUAUUUGGAAUACUACAGAAAUUCAUAACAAUUCUGGUAUGAGUUGGGUUUGGUCUUUAAAAAUUGUAGGAAAUAUAACAGUAAUCCCGAAGGAGAAAUACGAAAAUUAGGAGACGCACUCGGUGAAUGUGCACUUGUGCUCUACUUCUAAUGGUUUGAAUACACGAAUUAGAAAUAUUAAUAAUUGAUUAAAUUGAAGAAAUGUGAAGAGGACGAGGAGUAUAGACAAUAAAUAAUAUCAGAAGUGGGAAAGGAGAAGUUAGAAGAAGAAAUAAAUCAAGAGAAGAUUCAAUUAUUAGGUGAUAUAGAAUUGUGGAACCCAGGAACAUAAAAUUAUCAAUGGUUUGAAGAUGACCCCAAUUUCUAACCCAAACUUACUAUUGAGAGACAAGUGGAUCUAUUUUAGAACCAUGAAUAAUUGUAUCUUGUCAAAUGGAAGAACUUAUCAUAUCUCUAGGCCACUUGGGAAUUUAUCACUGGAUUUCCUAAUUCAUAGGCUAAGUUGUUUGAAUUUCGUUCUUUCACAAGAUCCUUGGAUAAAGACAGUAGACAAUUACAAAUCUAGAAUUGCAGAAGACACAAACAAAUCUUGGAUUAUGAUUAAAAAAAGAAAAAUCGCAUAUCCUAAUAAGAGAUCUUAGACUUGAAGACUCAACUCUACCAAUUGGAUAUUGGCAAGAAUAAGAAGCCUUAUCAAUACACUCCAAGAACAUAAACUAUAUAUAAGGAUAGAAAGUUAUUGAGAGAUUAUCAAUUGGAAUCUUUGAAUUGGAUGAUUGAUGCAUAUUACAAUAAUAGAAAUGUGCUUUUGGCUGACGAGAUGGGAUUAGGAAAAACUAUUUAAUCAAUAGCCUUCUUAAAUCAUUUGGUUUCAAUGGAGUCCUGUCGUGGUCCAUUUUUAAUUAUAGCCCCACUAUCAACACUAUAACAUUGGAAGAGAUCUUGCGAAGAUUGGACAUCAUUGAAUGCAGUUCUUUAUUACGAUCAAUAAGGAUAACCAGGAAGAUAGGCCAUAAGAGAUUAUGAAUGGUUCUACACAGACAUUUCUUUGAAAGGUAAUACCUUGCCAUCUUAAGAACUCUACAAAUUUUAGAUAUUGAUAACGUCAUUUGAAGUAUUCAAUUAAGAUCAUUCAACUUAUAUUUAACAAAUACCAUUCCAAUUUAUUAUUGUGGAUGAAGCACAUAGAUUGAAGAAUCAGAAUGCCAAAAUAUUGGCUAGUCUUAAAAGGUUAGUGUGUUCAAGAAUUAUGAUUCUAACAGGCACUCCAGUCCAAAACAACCCAGAAGAAUUGUGGAGUUUGCUAAACUUUAUUGAACCCUAUUAGUUCCCAAACCUAAACCAAUUUAAGUCCUAAUUUGGAGAUUUGAACACUGCUGAGCAAAUUGAGAAAUUGAAUAAAACAUUAAAGCCAUAUAUUUUGAGGAGGUAGAAGGAAGAUGUCGAACAAUCGAUUCCGCCAUUGUAGGAGAAUAUUAUCGAUGUAGAGUUGACUAAUGUUCAGAAAACAUUAUAUAGAGCAUUAUAUGAAAGAAACAAAUCGGCAUUGAUUUAAGGGUUCUCCUAAUAGACAGCUCAGAUAGCAUCAUUGAAUAACUUGGAUAUGCAUUUAAGGAAGUUGUGCAAUCAUCCAUUGUUGUUGAAGGAGAUGCACUCUGAUAUUUUAGAGAAGAGUAAAGGAAAUGAGGGGGAAUACUAAAAGAUUUUAAUUGAGUAUUCUGGCAAAAUGGUAUUGUUAGACAAGAUGCUCAAGAAGUUCUUAAAGGAGGAUAAGAAGAUGUUGAUAUUUUCACAAUUUACAAACAUGUUGGCCUUGUUGGAAGAGUAUUUACAAUUCAACUAAAUCAAGUAUGAAAAGAUAACGGGAGACAUCAAAUAAAUUGACAGAUAAAAUGCCAUUGAUAGAUUUAAUGAUUAAAAGAAAGGAAGAUAGGUGUUUCUACUCUCAACUAAGGCUGGUGGUUAAGGAAUCAAUUUAACAGCUGCUGAAAUUGUUGUGAUAUUUGACAGUGAUUGGAAUCCUCAGAAUGAUAUUCAAGCAACAGCCAGAGCUCACAGAAUAGGACAAGAUAAAUAAGUGACAGUCUACAGAUUCAUUACAAAGAACACUUAUGAGGCCAAGAUGUUCGAAAGGGCCUUUGCUAAAUUAGGUUUGGAUCAGGCUAUUUUUAUGAAUGGUGAAUUCAAGUCGGCUGUGAAUGCAACCAAUAGUGUGGUCAAUCCGAAUGCAGAUCAAGCCAAUAGAAAAUUGAGUAAGAAGGAAUUGGAGAUAUUGCUUAAGUAAGGAUCCUUGGGAUUGCUUGAACAUUUUGGAUAGGAGUCAAUCGAUCAGAACAUUGAUGAUAUCUUAAAUAACACGAGAGUGGCCAAAUAUUCUCUAAUCAACGGGGCAUACACUAUCAGCAAACAAACUUACGUUCCAGAUUAGGCUAAUCAACAGAUCGACAUUGAUGAUCCCAAUUUUUGGUAGAAAGUACUCAAGAAUCAAGAAUCUAAGUCAUAGAAGAUCCUGAAGAAACUAUAGGAAGAUCAGAAUAUCAAGACAUUUUAGUAAUAGAAAGAAAUAAUGUUGGAGAGUUCAGAGUGUGUGAAUAAUAUCAUUUAAUCUAAAUUGAGCAGGGAAGGAUAUGAUGCUGAUGAGGAGAAUACAAUAAUGGAUAUUCUAAAUCUAAUUGAAUUCAGCAAGUUUUUCGAGAAGGAUUUCAAAAAUCUAGCCAAUUGUUGGAUCCUUGAAUUGAGUAAACCUUCCAGAAGAUUUAAAAAAAUCACAGAAAGCGAUUUGAUGAUCAACACUGCCCCCACAUCAUAAUAAGUCAUUGAAACCCCUAAAACCACCAAGAAUUUUGAAUUGAAUUGGUCUGAAUAUGAAGAAUAUAAGAAAUUGUAAACAAAAUCCAGUUAAGAGUAAGAAUAUUGGCAUUAUUAAUAGUUUGCAAAUAAGAUUGUGUGCUAUUUGUGAGAAGUAGAAAUGUGAUUUGUUUUGUAGGGGAUUCUGCAGAAGACAAUUUCAUAAGGAAUGUUUGGAAGGUGGAUAAUAUACUGGAUAGACACAAGGGGAAAUCAAUAUUAAAUAUUUGUGCCAAGACUGUGAAAAGUAUAAAGGGACUUGUUUUGUUUGUCUAAAACAAGGGACUUUCUAUCCGAAUCAAUCAAAAAAGAAAACUUAGUAGGACAAACAAUUUAUCGAUGAUGAUGGCUAUUAUGACAAUCAAGUAGAGGUAAUUAAUAAUCAUAAAUAAUAUUAGUAAAACAUAUUUGCCACUGGAAAGAUCACAAGAGCAAGGGCGUAGUAACAACUUUAAUAAUAACUAUCGGAAUUGGUUAAGUGCAGUUUGAAUUGUCACAAGUUAUAUCAUUUCGCUUGUGUACAAACUAGCAAGAAUUUCAAGAUUUUAGAUGGAGAACGUUAGAAAUUCAAAUGUGCUCUUCAUUUUUGUGAAAAAUGCAAAGACAGUAGGAUAUAAUCAUUUAUUUAAUAGAAUCUAAUGAUGAUAAUCAAAAGAUGAUACAAUGUCUGAGGUGUCCAAAGAGUUAUCAUGAGAAAUGUGCUCCCAAGGGAAUAAGGAAGGUCACCAAGAAAUUUGUCAUUUGUCCUGCGCAUAAAGAAGAAUUGAUAUAGCCCAUCAUCAAGAAAAAGGUAAAAAUAGAACCUACGCAAACUACUCAACCUUCAAGGAAAUUAAAAAAAAUAAAUAACGGAUCUGAUGUUGAAUAAUGAAAUACAAUU